AUGAGUCUUGAAGAACUUUACGAAAACCCAAACGUCUCCCGCAUGGAGGAAAAGUUCUCCGUGAUUAAGAAGCUGGACACGGAGUACGAAGGAAAAUACCCAUUAGAACUUUUCAGAGAAGGCGCUCGAGGUGUAUAUGGUGGUGAGUUUGCAGCGCAGAGUUUGCUGGCCGCUUAUGAUUCCGUGGAUGACCCAGAAUUCUCUCCACACUCAUUCCACUCGCAUUUUCUCAAGGCUGGGCUGAACCAGCUGAAGAUGCGGUUCGAAGUAGAAAAGACGUCUCAGGGUAGAAACUACUGCUCGAGGUUGGUGAAGACGUACCAGCUGCACACAAACCAGCUCUGUUACAUCAUGACGGUGUCGUUUGUGCGAAAGAAUCUGAUUGACCAAAGGAAGAAGGAGUUUGCCCAGCUUGGCGACGAUCAGAAGUACCAUCCUCGAACAAAGAUUCCAAUAGAGUUCACAAGCAGCCCUCAUCCAUGGUUCGAUAAGUACGUGAAGAAGCUCGACUCGCUUCCCUCGUUUGAGCACACCAAUGGGAACUUGCUUACGGUGCUUCCACCAGAAGUGAUGAGAGAGAACCCACUGAAAAAAGAGCUCUCUCUUGAAAUCCCUUACCGUCACUAUGGAGGGUUCUUCAAGGUGAACGAUGACUUGAGCAAGGCCAAGAACCCAGAUAAGCAGAGACACAUUGAUCUCACUUUUGGAUCGGACUCGUAUUUCUUGAUGACAAUGGUGAGAGCGCUCGGGAUUCCCUUGAUGUCGAAAGGUGCAUUGGACUUCUUCAGGGUGUCGUUGGACCACACGGUGUACUUCCACGACAGCGACUUUGAUCCGACCGACUUUAUGUUUAUGGACUAUAACUUCGAGAGAUUGGCCAACGACAGAGUGUUGUGCAGCGUCAAGAUCUACUCGAGACAAAGAAAGCACGUUGCCACGGUGAUCCAGGAGGCCCUCACGUUUGUACCGCUCGCUUUGGCUGACAGAGCCAAGGGAGCCACCUAUAAGCUUUAG